AGCAGAGAUUUGCGCCGCAGGCUCUGAGCUCCCCAGGCCGGCAGGAGCCUGCCGGGGCCGGCGCUCGGCACCGUCCUGUGCGCGGAGCUCUGCCUCGGCCUCCGCUCUGCGCCCCCCGCGUGUGCCAGGGCACAGCAGUGAUUCCUUCCCUCAUCAGAAUGGCCUCACAGGAGGACCAAGACAGGAGAUGGGAGGAGCAGAACCAUCCAGGAAACAAGAUGGAGCAGCCAAAGUACAGCUUUGAGGAAGAGAAGGAGGAAGAGGACAAAAUGGAGGAUCAUAAUGAGGUGGAAAAUGACAACUCUGAUGAUGACAAAUAUGAGGAGGAAGAGGAUGAUGAGAAUGAAGAUGAUCAGGAAGAGAAGGAGGAUGAAGCCAUGGGAAAAACUUGCAGCUCUGAUGACUGCAGCAAGAGCGUCAGCAACAGGAGCUCUCUCAUCGUCCACUAUCGUACCUGCGCUGGUGAGAAGCCUUUCACCUGCCCUGACUGCAGCAAGAGUUUCAGCCAGAGCACUGCCCUCGCCCAGCACCGCCAUAUCCACACUGGUGAGAAGGUCACCUGCGCUGACUGCGGCAAGCGCUUCAGCCGCAGCGACACCCUCCGCAACCACCGCCGCAUCCACACUGGAGAGAAGCUGUUCCCCUGUGCUGAGUGCGGCAAAAGCUUCACCCUGAGCACCAGAUACAUCCGGCACCAAAUCACCCACACUGGUGAGAAACCCUACAGCUGCACUGACUGUGGCAAGAGCUUCACCUUCAGCUCCGCACUCGCUUCCCACCGUCGUGUCCACAGAGGUGAGAAGCCCUUCACAUGCUCUGACUGUGGCAAGCGCUUCAGCCGCAGCGACAGCCUCCGCUACCACCGCCGCAUCCACACCGGAGAGAAGCUGUUCCCCUGUGCUGAGUGUGGCAAGAGCUUCACUCUGAGCUCCAGAUACAUCCGGCACCAACUCACCCACACCGGUGAGAAACCCUACAGCUGCACUGACUGCGGCAAGAGCUUCACCCAGAGGGGCAAUCUCACUUCCCACCGCCACACCCACACUGCUGACCAACCCACACUGCAGGGGAGGCACAAAUAGGCCCCCUGAGAUCUGGUGGGAUAAUCGUGAUCCCCUUGAGAAAACCUUUCCAGCAGAUUGAACCAAAAUCUCCUCUUUUUCACCUGUGUUUCUCGGAGGCUGGGGGCUCCAGCAGGAACAGACACCUCCUGCCCUUCUGAGCACUAAUUAGUGGUGAUGAGAAUAAUUACAGAGCUGCCACCGGAGCUGGGCUGAGCUGUGCAGGGACUUGUCUGGUUGUUCUUCAGUUCUUUGUAUCUCCCUGAGGUAAAAAUCCACCCUGUCCAUUGCCCAGUUGUGUCAAUAAACCCCCACAGUGACCC